UAGCCAACAGAAAAUAAAGAAAUAUUCAAACUCUCUCCUCAACACCACCACCCAGUCCGUGGUUACCAUGGAUCCCCCAAUGUCCGUCUCGCCUUGGUGUCUCUGCCCCUCCCAGCCACCUGUUGGGGACUCAUAUAACCCGCCCCGACGGACGGGCUCCCACGGGAUCCUUCUAGACAACAGCAGGUACCUGAGAAGGCGAAUAAUUCAAUAACAAACAGCCCGUCGGAGCCCGGGAGAAGAGAAAGCAGGGGAUUUUUCCAUCUCCCACAGUCAGCUUUCUGUAGGCCUUUCUCUGAUGCUCUGAUCGACACCUGUCUGCCCGGGGUCCAUCCUGUCUCCAGCCAAGCUUAGAAAGUGACACCUUCCAGACAGGAAUCCCUGCUUGAACGCCACAUCCUAGUCCAUUUCUUGGAUGCUGUAGACUCCCAUCUUCUGGGCGGACUUUUCGGUUUUUGCAGGAAACACAAGAACCUGUAUUGCGUGCCCCAUAAAGAGACUCGGUUCUUCAGAGGAGCUCCCAGAAGAAUAAUUUAUCCUGGGCAUCUUGCACAGCUGGGAUUUCCUGCCAAACUUUACCCUAUGAACAUCGGAGAUAUUCCUUGGCUCCUGUUGCUCCAUCCCUCCAUCUGCAGCGUGCCUGCUUUCGAUUCUCGCCUGCAACCGCUUCCAGAAGGGAAAGCCAGUCUUGGGCGUUUCUGCCCAUAAGCUGUGCUCCCUGUCCCUUCCAGAGGGAGGUGGAAGAACCUGAGACGCUCUGUGGGCAGCUGCCAUGGCCUCUGCCGGGCUGGAGAUCUUUGCCAUGAGCCUGUGCAUCAUGGGCUGGAAGGGGGCCAUCCUGGCAUGUGCCCUGCCUAUGUGGAGGGUCUCGGCUUUCAUUGGAAACAACAUCGUCGUGGCGCAGAUCAUCUGGGAGGGGCUGUGGAUGAACUGCAUUGUGCAGAGCACGGGCCAGAUGCAGUGCAAGGUCUACGACUCCAUGCUGGCCCUGCCGCAGGACAUCCAAGCCGCCCGAGCCCUCAUGGUCGUCUCUGUGCUGCUGGCCGUCAUAGCCCUCCUGGUGGGCAUUGUGGGGGCCAAGUGCACGAACUGCGUGGAGGACGAAGGCGCCAAGGCCCGCAUCGUCAUCACCUCCGGCUCCCUCUUCAUCAUCUCGGGAAUCCUCGCCCUCAUUCCCAUCUGCUGGACGGCCAACUCCAUCAUCCGCGACUUUUACAACCCGAUGGUGAUUGAGCCCCUCAAGAGGGAGCUCGGGGCCGCUCUCUACGUCGGCUGGGCGGCCUCUGCCUUGCUGCUCCUUGGGGGGUCACUCCUGUGCUGCUCCUGCCCCCCGCGCGAGGACCGCUACCCUGCCCGCAUUGGGUACUCCGUUCCAGCCCGGUCCAGUGCGCCCCCAGGCAGUGCGCUCGACAAACGGGACUACGUCUAAGGCAGUGGCCGUGCCUCUGGGUGGACUUGCCAGCAGUUGCCAGGCCCAAGCCCAGACAGAUGUCAUUGGCCCAGAGACUUUCCACGGUUGAAAUAAUGGGGCAAUGCCAACCCGUCGGGGUUGAGCUGCGCUACCUGGCAGUUCU